AUUACAGCUAAUGGACCAAUCAAAUCAGUCCACAGCUUCAAAACAUCCAAUCAGGCGUGAGUCUGGACCUGGUUUUCUACUGAACACACAAGUUCAUUACCUCACUAUCACUUUGUCUAAACAGGAACGAUGAUCACACUCUUUGUGGCUCUUUACUCUGUGCUUUGUCUCUGCACAACUGUAAACAUUUCUGACAUCAAGGAGCUUAAUGUGAAAACAGUAAACCGUGGACAAGCUGUAACUAUGGAGUGUAACAUUAGUGGAGACAAAAACAAAUAUAAUUUAGCUUGGUACAGACAGAGUUUUGGAAAAGUGCCUCAGUUUUUUGUGAGACAGUACGUUGGCUCUCCUGGCUACUUAUAUGUUGAGGGAUUUAAUGAUAGCCACUUCAGUGUUACUGUAAAAGACCAAAAGUUUGAUCUCAACAUUAUUAAAACAAGAGAAGAUGAUGGAGGAGAAUAUUUCUGUGGAUAUGUGGAGGGAACUAACCUAAAGUUCACAUCUGGAACACGUCUGCAGUUUGAAGGUGAAGAGAUGAAACCCUGUCCUACACCUGGAACACUUAACAAGAACACACACUCUGUUACACACCAGGGUUCAAACAGCAGAGAUGGAGAAGGAGAUUUCUAUCAGAUUAUUGCCUUAAUAGCCUCUAAUAUAAUCUCUGUUAUUGUAAUCGUGGCUCUGGUUGGAGUUUUAUUUAAACAACAAAGAAAAGGUUCAUCAUCAAGCAACCAUCAAACUCCCACCAAUCAGGCUGAUGAUGAAGAUGUCUUGAACUAUGCAGCUGUGAGUUUUGCUAAGAAACCUUCAUCCUCCAGAACAUCCAGAGACACGAGCCAUCAAGACGUUUAUGCACAAGUUAAAAUAAAAUAGAUAAAGAGAAAUAAAGUCAGAACUGAAAAACAAUAUGAAUGUAAUCAUCCCAGUUUGUACACAGAUGUGUUAUUCGGACAAAAACAUUUUCAUUAUUGAAACGUUCAUUAUUAUUUCCAAACUGUUUUCUUGUAUUAAUUUGCUCUACCUGAUAGAUCUUUAUUGUUUGAUUGUUUUAUUUCUUUUUCAACCUUUGAUUGUACUCAAUGUUCUACACCCUGUUUUUUCCCUUAAAUGUAUAACAUUUGGAUGUUUUUUUUAGUAUUUAUCUUUAAAAUUGUGAACAUGGUUUUUAUAUUCAAUUAAUAAAUAUGUUAAUAAAUAUGUUACAUCCUGAUCACUAAUCCAGGGGCGUAACAUCCUUGUGGUCCCCGGACACUGUGGCCAGUGAUGUGUUGAGAGGAAGCAGACUCAGAAUAGACGUCAUCAUCAUCUGGGUGUCAACAGAUAUAAAUAAGUGUGAUUAUAAAUAACUUCUCAUCUAGACCUGUACUAUACUAUA